AUGGCGGCAUCACUGUUCACCUUCUCCUUCACCUCAAGAAGAGUUGUCCCAGCUCCAAACUCGCCUCCUCUUGCCAUAUACAUCAAAGCCACCAACGUAGUUUUCAACCUUGAUAUUCCAGAAGUUCAUCGAGGUCUUGGACUUGAUGAUUUUGUUAAUUUCUUAGCUUCCUGCCGACUCCGAUACGCAAUCAGUGACGUUCCAUCAGAGUUCUUUCCCGAACAAGUCUGUGAAUUCUACUACACUACAACAAUUAAUGAUGAAAACAACGCCAUCUCUGGGACUAUUGGCCGUGGAAGACACUCAGUCUUCAAUACCGCUGACCUCCUCAGUACUGCGCUCAGGUUACCAAUCUUUGAACCAUUCUCAGAGCUUCCAUCUAUUGAACGAUGUAGAUGUCUCUUUGAUCAACUGGGAUACGAUCACUCUAAGGCUGGUACUCGGUCAGCUCUCAUUUUGCGUCAGUGCAUGACUCCAGGAUGGAAGUUCUUCACCGGUGCUCUGUGUAAGUGUGUGGGUCACAAAUCUCGCAAUGGUGAUCAACUGAGCACGUAUGAACAACAAGUCGUCUGUUCCUUUCUUCUCAACAAACGCCUUGAUUAUGGGGCUUUCUUCUUUGAUCAGCUUGUCCAACUUCUUCGUGCAAAUGUACGCGCUGAUCAUGUCCCCUUUCCACGCUGGAUUGCUCUUGUGCUAGAUAAAUUUUUCGCUGAAGCUUACUAUUCACAUUCUGGGAACCCCAUCCAAUGCCCUUGCAUGUCACUGCGAAUGUAUCAGGAUGAUCCAUUGGACACCGAUAUCGGCAUCUCUGAUCGGAUGAGAGAAUGGAUCGCAAAUCCAUAUACUGUUCCUUCCCUCACCGCUAAUACUGAUGAAGGAGCUGAUGGUAACAACGAAGAUCAUGCUGAUCAAGAAGCUGAAUCACAGAAUGGUGGCCAUCUCUCCCCUCAACUCUCUCAUCAUACUCUCUCUGACACUGAGAGAGCAUUUAAUGAGCUUCUGACACUGACUCGGGACAUGAGUCAACGUCUUCUACGAAUUGAGGCCGAUGUCCAGCAGCUGAAAGGUAUUCUCUUGCCAACUCCUUCCCCUAGCCCACAACAUGAUGAUGAUCAAAAGGGGGGAGAAACUGAUGAUGAUCAAAACGAGGGAGACACUGAAUCUGUUGAUCUUGAAUCUGUGGACAACACUUUAGUCCAGACUGAUCCACCACAUCCGAUGCACGAGUCUGAUAGACCAGCUGCUGACGAGUCAGAUAGACCUGCAAAUACUGAAUAG